UUUCUCGGUUUGAUACAAUAUAGUUGAAUAAAUAAAAAUAGGAAACUUCAUUAGUUCCACAAGCGUAGAAAAAAAAGUGUGAAACAAAAACUUCAUCACGUGGUUGUGUUACAAAAUUUAUUUAUGCAGUCAUAACAGAGAAAAGAAAAAUCUCUCAUCAUUUCGUACUUCAUGCACAUAUGUGAAAAAGAAAUAAGAGCAGAGGACCUGAACUUAGAAAUUAGUUUAUUUGCUACACAUACUGUGGAAAGAAGAAAAUAAAGAAAAAUGAGUAUUUUAAGUGGCAAAUCAAUCAUUACACUUACAAUCAUCAUACUACAAAUUUAUCAUUCUACUGGAGAUGAAACUGCUAAUUCUCCAAGGAAAAUUAAUGAGAGUCCAUCUGAAAAUCUAAGAAAACAAAUAAUAUGCCCAUCGCUAGUUAGAACGAAUAAUUGGGAGAUUGAAGAGUUCUUUGGCAAUUGGAGUGGAAUCGAAUUAUAUUCGCAUAAAACAUAUCCAAAUGAAAGUUUUCAGGAUACGUGUAUGAGGAUAAAUAUUGCUGAAGUGAAUGAGGAAAAUGAAGAGAUGACAUAUGGCAAGCCUAUAGAUUAUUUUAAUUUUCGUCUUGCUUUGCGAUACCUUAAAGUGAACUUCUAUUCAAACAACAUGAAAUCCGGAGAAUAUAUCCUUUCAUUCAAUAACACGAAACAAAUGCUGUGGUAUGGAAACGAUAUUAGAAUGCAAAUCAUAAAAUUUGAUAGAAAGCAAAUGAUGCUGACUGUAUGUGCGAUGGAUAAAGGUGAAAUGUACACAAUUCUAUCAAAUCGAUAUGAUGAAAAUAGAAACGAAUAUCAAACUGAUAGCACAAAUUUGAACCGUUUGAUACUUCAAGGACGGAAUCUCAAAAUUCAUUCAAAAUUUGAUCUUCAAACAAAUUGCAGUAGCGACUCUAACAAUGAUUUGGAUGAAAAUGAGUACACAGAAAUUGAUUUGUUUGAAAAUGUGACGGUGACAAAUACGUUCUUGGAAGAUGUAUUGCAAAAAAAUUUGACACUAGAAAGCGGAUGCAUGCAUUUGCAAUUUGACACUGCUAUUUUGUUAUUGAGUUUGUUGACCUUUGUCUUCGUAUGGAUGACUCGUCCAAUAAAUUGAUUU